UACUCCCAACUCGACCGAGUAGAGAGCGUUUGCCACUUUGUGAACGAUCGCCGCGUUACCACUACGAAUUCAAAAAGGGGUUCUAACCUUUAUCCCCGGUUUUCUUUUUUUUUUUACUAAAACCGUAUUAACUUGAAAAACCAGUGGUGUUUGUUAUUCCAACCGUAUCGUAUCGAGAGACGUCGAGUUACUGACUCAUUAAAAUUGUUCUUCGUGCAGUGAAUAAUCGCGUUUGUUUUAUUAAUUUUGGUUAUUUAAACCUGUCUACUGGUCCAUAGGACAGGCGAGUAGAUCAUGUACUGUAAUUGUGUAUGUGUUAAGUGACAAACAAAUGAUUGGAAAAAUUGCAACAAUUCUAGUGAACAGUUAUUGAACCAGAAGAAAAGAAAUAUCAAAUAGGUUAAUUAUAUGUUGGUGAGAGCAGUGAUUAGAUUGGGCAUGCUCACUAAUUGAAUGAUUAGUUGUGAUAAAGACAAGUGUUGAUCAGAGAGAUUAAACAAAAUUGUUCGUAAUCCAUGGAUCACGGAGCAAUGGACAGUUCCUCGGAUCACAGUUCACGUGCUAGUCCAGUAACUGGUAGUCCAAAGCAUCCCCACAGCCCGUCGGGACAGCACAGCGUUAAUCAACAGCAUCACAGUAGCCAUCAGCCACCACCGUCGCAUCAAACCCAUCCCCGUGAUCAAUUGCGUGAGCAUCAAUUGCAACAAAGAUCAGUACCAACACCGGGCUCACCAACUCGUGGCUCACCACCACAAGUACUACCACUGAGUCCACCACCAUUGUCCGGUGGUGGUCCAGGUGGUAUACCAGGUAUGGUACCGAGAAUGCCAGGUUUACCACCACCAGAACUACGAUUACUUGGCCAAUUGGGUGGUAUGCUAUCUGGACAUCAUGGUGGACCACUUGAUCUUAUGGCAGCGGCACACCAUGGUAUGCCACCAAGAUCUUACAAUUCACCACCGCCAAUAAGUUCCAGUGAUCCAACAGCUAAUGAGUGUAAACUUGUUGAUUAUCGUGGACAAAAAGUUGCUGCAUUUAUUAUUGCCGGUGAUACAAUGCUGUGUUUGCCACAGGCAUUUGAAUUAUUUCUCAAGCAUCUUGUUGGUGGAUUACACACGGUUUACACGAAACUCAAGAGACUCGAUAUUGUGCCACUUGUUUGCAAUGUCGAGCAGGUUAGAAUUUUGAGGGGUCUUGGGGCUAUACAACCUGGAGUUAAUCGUUGCAAGUUACUCAGCUGCAAGGACUUUGAUGUACUGUACAGGGACUGCACUACAGCCAGCUCCAGGCCAGGAAGACCGCCAAAGCGUGCAUCGGUGGGACUGAGUCUAGCGGCAAGCCACUUGGCAGCAGCAGCUGGACAUCAUCCCCAUCCGCUCAAGAAACAUCGAUUGGACAAUGGCGAUUACUAUGAGAAUGGGCAUUUAGAUGUUUCGAGGAUGGAAAAAUCCCCCCUCCUUGCUAAUGGGUAUAAUCAGCCACCCACUCACCUCAGUCACAUGCAGUAUAUGCAGAUGGGAGGACAUCCGGGCGCGGGACACACGGCUAUCCUCUCGCCCGCCAAUCUUCCACAUCAUCUACAGGCACAGGUGCAAGCUCGGGUGGAGCAAGGACUCAAGGUCAAUCCUAAUAUGGCUAAUAUGGAGGCGCUUGCGAGAUCCGGAGUUUGGGAGAACUGCAGGGCUGCCUACGAGGACAUUGUGAAGCACCUUGAAAGGCUGAGAGAGGAGAGGGGGGAUCCUGAGAGAGCACUGGCGCUGGACCACAAACCGAGGGACCUCAGCUCGCACAAUGGUUCCUCGAACGGUCACAGUCCUGUCCUCAACCUAUCAAAAACAGCGGGAAGUGGAAGUGUGGGUGAGCAAUCAGGUAGCGAGGGUGCAGCGUCGCAUCGUUCUCAGGACGACGAAGAGGAGGACGACAACCUGUCGGACGACCUCGAGGACGAGAACGAAAAGGACGAAGAUCUGUCGGAUGUACCCGAGAAUCUCCCACUACCGGCGCCCGGCUCGGAGAGCCCUCAGGCACUGAAUUAUUCACAGAUUGCCUCAGCAGCGGUUGCAGUAUCACAGGGUGGACAGGAUCCAUCAGUAUCGAGUACUGAAACAUUACUGAGGAAUAUUCAGGGCCUACUCAAAGUUGCUGCUGAUAAUGCACGACAACAGGAGCGCCAGAUCAACUACGAGAAAGCUGAACUCAAGAUGGACGUCCUCCGAGAACGAGAGGUGAAGGACAGCCUGGAGCGACAGCUACAGGACGAGCAAAAGACAAGAGUUUUGUACCAAAAGCGAUUGAAGAAGGAGCGACGGGCGCGGAGACGUCUUCAGGAGCAACUUGACUUGGAGACCAAGAGGCGCACGCAACUGGAGGAGGCACUGAAAGCGACGGGCGCUUCGUCUGAACAAGUUAGAGCGAUAGCUGAGAACGUAGCAGCGGAGGCACGUACAAAGUCAGAGCCAGUGGACGACAUACCAGCUCACUCUCAGUCCCAAACGUCACAACAAUCAUCCCAGCAACAAUCAUCCCAACAGUCCCAUCAACCGCCACAAUCCCAACAACAGGCCCAACAGUACCGGGAAUCCCAGGUGCCCCGUCCACCACAACAACCAACAACGCCCGACUCGAUAAAACCCGGCUGGGGCUAUGGCCUGGAUCUCAUCGGUGGUCAGGCUUCCGCCUUCUGGCAAAAUUACCAAGAAUCCCUCGCCCAAGAGCUCGAGCAGGAGAGGAAGUCGCGGCAGCACCAGGCAGCCGAGAGGGAUCAGGUCAAAUCACCCCUUCAAGAAUCCCGAACGGGUUAUUACAAGAAUUCUGUACUCUUCACAAGUGCAACCUAGAAGAGGCGUCCGGAGGACGCGCGGCCCUAAGGUCCGCCGUAGAAAGCCACAAAAAAAUCAACAAAAACAUUGUUAACCUCACGGAGUUGCAGUUCUGGAGGGUCCGAAGGAGCGUUCGGCGCGUGGAAAACAGUGUCUCCAACGAGAGAACAGUCUGAGCGAGGAGUGAGCUAUGCACGUCCAGGGAGACAGCGUGAAACGCACCUGUGAACGUGCUGGUUUCCUACAAAUGAGUAAAUUAAAUUAAAUAAACGGAGAGAAACCCAGUCGUCGAGUGGACUCCGGAUUCCGUUUGGUUUACGGUUGAUAAUUUCUGUCGAGGUGAGAACAUAUCAACGACGCCAUAUUCCUCCAAACCUCCACCAACUUCUUCGCAAGAAAUGAGAAAUAGUCCAAAAUGAAGGGAAUCCGGCGGAGUGCGAGGAUCUUCGCGUCGUUUGAGGGGUUGGGGCGAAAGAUAUCGAGCGAAAUGAGAAAAUUUGCACGUAUAAGAAAAGAGAGAGAUGAAAAAAAGAGAUAUAUAAUUUAUAAAGACUGCUUGAGAGUGCUUGCGCGAGUGCAUGCGUUCCUAUAGAAAUUAACGUAUAAAUAAUUAAACCUGUAUCGAUGCGAGUAGAUAAUUUUUAAGUCCAAAAUGUGCAGACUCGAACUCGAUCCUCGUUCCUCUAACAAAAAUACAUUUGAGAUCAUCAACAACAUUGCGCCCUUUUUAAUUUCAUCAUUCACUGCAGUCAUCAAAGUUUACGAGAAACGAGCGGUUGAAAUCGUCAGCAAAAUCUGAACAAUCGUGCAUGGAGUGCGAGAAAUCGACUGAAUUUAAAUAAUAAAAAAACAAACAAAACUUGAGUAUGAUUUUUUGGUUUCGUAAAACCAGUGAAUAGAGACGAUUUUUCGCAUGCCCGCACAAUUAUAAAUGAACAAUCGACGAUUCGAUGGAAUUAUUGAAUUGUUUUUGUGAUACAAAUACGAGAAUUAUUUUUUAUUUUAUAAUUGAAAAUUCAACAAGACGCGAAGUAAUCGUGUUUUCUUGUGUUCAUUAUUUAUUUCGGCCAAAUGUAAUCAGUCAAUAAAUUUUUUGUUGUCGAAGAGAUGGAGAAGAAAGUGGGAAAGAGCUUUGAUGAUGAAAAAUAAGCCCAGUGAGCCCACUGUAUCAUACGUAGCAAGAAAAAAUGAGAACCCUGUAGCCUCUUGAAUCUAACAACCUCUAUUUAUAUAAAUAAACUUAGCUAUUACCGAAAACAAUUGAAUUUAAUCCAAUAUGCGUGUAUCCCGCGUUACACAAUACGCACGAUUAAAGAGAAAUACUUUUUUUUGUUUCGGGUGGACAGUAACUAGAGAUGAAUUGAUUGGUUGUAAGACUGACAAGGGAGAUUAACCGUGAAAAUUAAAUGUGAAAAUUAAUUUAAAGAGAUAAUAAUGAAAAAGUCUUUCCCUUUUGGACGUGACGUAUUUAAUGAUUCAUGUACAAAGUCUUUUACCGUUAAGAUCCUUGUGUUGUAAAGUUCACGUAAUCGUAGAGACUAGGUAGAAAAACUAAGUCUAAUUAAUGAAGUUCAAUGUAGAGCCGAGAGAAUAAAUAAACAAAUGGAAAACACAAGCGUUUAACCACCGAUUUCGUGAGACAAAAAUUUGUAUCUUUUACCAUCGAUCAGAGUAAAUUUUUCCACUGUCAAUGGCAAUUUUAGUCUGAUGUUUAAAUGGAGUUACAGUCAAUUUUAUUGAGUGAUUUAAUUAUGUUUUUCAUGUGUCUAGGUGAGAAAUAUUUAUGAAGGUAACUCUAUGCCAUUGAUACAAUCGGAAUUAUAACAAUCUACAAUAUCGAGGCUAGAAGUGUAUUCAUGUAAUUCAGCAUUACUACGUAUGAAUAAAUAGUUGUUAUUGUAAGAUGCGUAUA